AUGCCAGCGUCCCGGCGUGCGAAGGUCUCCUCGUCGCCUCUAUCGUCUGCGGACUCGUUCAAGACAGCGACGGCUUCACCCACGAACCCGGUACAUACGAGUACCGCCGACGUCAUCGGACCCGACGACGAGGAUGGACAAUGGUCCGGGUAUCGGAAGGCCCGGCAAUUGCCUCCGGAGCUCAGAGAACACUGCAAGAUCUAUCUGGAGGAAGCGCUGCAGUUGAUAUCGCUCAGACUGAUCGACCGACUACACGCGGCGGGAGGCGCAACAUCAUUGCCAUCCAAGCCGGGCCUCUUGCUCGACAGCCAACAUGACGAUGGCGGCCUGUACUGCCCGCCGCCGAACCAGCUCGCCUUUCUCAACACUCUUCUCAUCCACCCAGACUUCACAACACGACCGCGUGAGGACUCGUGGGUUGACAUCGCUUCAUCGUCGCUCAACUGCUUGCGCAACAUGCUCCGCACUGUGGGCCCCGUCAACGCCAAGUUCAAUGAAGCAUUCCGCUUCGGCCACACAACCAGACGGUCCGGCAGCGCGACGCCCGAUGGUGGCGAUACCAUAUACGACCCCAUGGGCGAAGCGCAACUGCUUGGGCGGUACUCCAAGCACAGUAUCUGGCGGUGCGGGCAAGACUUCUUCAGCGUCGUCGGCUGGGCCUUCAACUGCAGUGUCCUGUACCCCAACCGCUGGGAGUACUGGCGCCAAUGGCUUGAAUUCAUGCUCGACGUUAUUGAGGACGACUUGCACGAGCGUCUCCGCUUGGACGAAGAGGAGCACGUAAGCACAGGCGGCAGGGAGGGCGAGUGUGUUUAUGCGUUGCUACAAGACUCCAUACUGGCGGGGUACAUCAAGCAGCGCAAUAGCAGGGCCGGCAGGCUGAAGCACAUCAUGAAGGCCAUCUUUGCCGACGGCAACUCAUCCUCCAAUUCUCUGUUCCACGAGGUGUGGCAUAUGGAGCACAAGGGCAAGUCCAAGAAGACCUCCUUGAAGAAGCGGAAACGAGAGGUGAAUCUUGAGAAAGGAGACUACGGCGGCCUGCUUGACGACGAUUCAGUCUACUCGUCCCAGAACUCUGAACCGCCAACGCCGCAGAAACGCAACACGUAUUCCAACAAGCAAGAAUUUCAGGCUCUGGAGCCUGCCUACGUCGAGUCUGUUCCUCUCCGACAGCGGCUCUUCGCUCUGCUGUCGUACCUCUGCAACUACCUGCCGGACCCGCCCAUCGACCUUCCCGAUCUUUAUGAAUCCUACGAGACGACGGUGCGGACGCUCCCCUUGUCCAUCUUCACAGCCUUUGUCGACUCCACCACUUCGUGUCUGCUCCGAGAGAGUCAGAUCAGCGUGCUACAGAGCGUGCUGUCGAAUUUCAUGCCCUCCAACGCCGUCGACCCCGGGAAGGUGGACGCCGAGGUCUACGACGCUAACGGCACGAGCCCGGCCAUCCUGGAGCGUUGUUUCCUUCCGUUUGCCGCUAACACCAUCGCAGCGGAGGACAACGCCAAGGUCAGCGUGCUGCUGGAAGAGCUCGUGAAGCUGGUCUGGGUGAUAGGAACAGUCCCAUUCAGUGAUCGCUUGUAUAACGCAGCGACGAAGGGCGUCGCCGCCCGAGAGGAUAAAGUCAAGAAGAAGCUCACCGGUGGUAGAGGCCGACGAGGAGCGCAGCCGAAAGUGGAUGACUCGGACGCCGAGGCCAAAGCAGCCCUCGAAGAGAGCUCCAAGAGGUUGCUGCUGUUGGUCGAACUCAUCACGGAUGGAGUUGGGGACGAGGAUGACACGGUGGGAGAAGACGAGGCGGAAGACCAGGUGGACAGGAUGGAUGAAGACACGGAAGAAGCAUCGUUUUUGUCGGCUAGAAGUUCGUAG